ACAGUCUCUGUUAGAUCUGCGUAUUCCGAACCCCUUUCCGCCAAUGGGAGCACCUCGACCCCCCAUUCCGCUCGAAAAUAACCCAAACGACUAUUCUUGUUACGUUUCCGGCUACGAGUUAAGCCGGCACAUAUUACCUUCGCUGUACACGGACGGUCCAUAUCAUCCUCUCGCUCCGAGGCUCCUGCCGGUCAUUAUUCAUGGCAGCGAGUCUGCCAUCAGGUCUGCCAUCUGCAUCUCGUCUUCCUUGCAGCUCUAUAAACAGCUUCUAUGCGCAUUAUACCAGCGUCGGAUAUGGAUCCACACUCCUAUCUAUAGCCCUGUCCUCCCGACAGUAUCGCUCAGUCAAUUCUCGCUCCCCGUUCCCGCAUUUGUAUCACGCGGUCGUUCCCCCGUUUCUGUUCGUACACCAGUGUCACACAUUUACUCCCCCCGUCCCAUCCAUGUCCCAGCGCAAAGCCCGGACCGCAGUCCUAUUCGCAUAGUAACGCCGCGCCGUCUAUCCUCCAGUCCUGUCCGCCGAUCAGCAUCGUGCAGUCAAUUCCCGCUCCCUGUCCCCGCGUUUGCAUCACGCGGUCGGUCCCCCGUUCCUGUUCUUGCACCAGCGUCACGCAGUCUCUCCUCUAGUCCCGCUCGUGUCCCAGUAUGGAGUCCGGUCAGUGGCCCUAUUCGUAUAGCAGCGACACCGCGCCAUCUAUCCCAUAGCCCUAUCCGCCGACAAGUAUCACGCAGUCCACCCCCCAGCUUUGUACCGGCGUUGCCUCCUCCGCCCCUCAGCCGUAGCACUAUAUCAGUGUCGCCACCUUCGUCCCCCGGCUCCAUCCACGUACCUCCUUACAUCUCGAUACCAGGUUCCAUCUCGCCACCAGUUCCCAUCCUGUCGCCAGUUCCCGUCCCGCCGUCAGUUCUCAUCCCACCACCAGAUGUCAUCCCCAUUCAGCCACCAGUCUCGCUGCCAGUUUACAUCCUGCCACCAGUUCCCGCCCCGCCACCAGCUCGCACCUCUCCACCAAUCAUUCCACUCUAUGGGUACCAUAGCUCGUCGGCGCCAUUGUGGAGAUUUCUCUGGGACCGUCCUGUGGUUUUCGACUGCGAGCACGUGUGGCCUAUACUUCAAGAUUUAUGGAGCUUUAUCCUUCUAUGUGCCGAGGAAACCUCGCUGACGAAGCGAGUUGAUUUCAUCAAGCUCUGCUUCGUCUUCGUACGCGCGCAUCCAUGGGGUGCCUCCAAUUCUGCCGAGGAUCAGUUACGGGCGUGGCGGAGCCUGGUGCCGAUCCUGCAACUAGCGCACGCCGGCCGGAGUGUCACUGCCUUGUCCAGGAGGGCGCUCAAGCAUAUCGCGGAGGCGGCCAGUAUAGAAGUGUUCCCGACGGAACUGGUCUCAGUUCUCGUUGAUCAUGUCCCGCAAGAUAACCCGUUCCAUGAUACCGCCGAGAUGGGACGUAUACGCAGGUACCUCGCGGGGGCUGAUCCAGGCCCGCCUGAGGUCAAUACUGGUGCACAGCGUUACGAUAGCGACGCGACUAUCUCCGACUCGGACUAUGAAAGAGCUGUCGUUCCCCCGCGCCCGGAGCUGAGCAUAUCAACCUUCCCCUCGGCGUCAUCUAGAGUCUACAACGAUGACGCGCCUAGGACAGUGUGGGUAGAGAACCGACAGAGGUUUACCGACAGCCCUAUCGACUCUGCUGCGGCCCUAUCAGAAGUGCCUCAGAGGUCGAUGGAUGAAGGGGAAGCUCGCGAGGCCGCGCCGACGUCUGAACGUACACCCGGCAGGCGAUCAACCUCAGGCGAUUCUUUGGUGAAUGCACCAUAAGCCAGAUUGUAUGCAACAUUUACUGUGGAAGACAACAAUGAAAUAUGUCCAAUCUGUUAGUCUUGUAUAGAUAUAUUUUGUACGACG